GGUCGUUUCUAUUCAAAGGGCCGAUACAAGGGCUGCCCGGAGUUGUUCUGCCCGGGGGCUUCUGCUAAGGGGCCUGGCCCCCCGGAGCGCCUGGCCACCAUGAAGUCAUGCAUCACGUGAUACGGUUGGCAUCCCUCCUCCCCGCUGGCUCUUUCCAGCCUGCCCUUUGCUAGGGGGGAAUUGUGCACGCGAUGCCUGUACUCCUGGUAUCCCCUUCACAUCCAGCUCUUUCCUUUUUGUUUUGGAGAAGGUAAGAUUAACAAGGGGGAAUCUCAUGCUUUAAGAUGAAGGCAAGAGGUUUGUUGCUCUUAAUUCCUGGUGGAGUUUGUUCUAGAGUUGGGUACCAGCCUUUGAGAAAACUGCCUCUUGCCCCAGUGAAUGCGACUUCUGUUGUAGAGCAUUUUAUGUUAGCCAAAAGGUGUUGAUUCAUUUGCAUUCCAGAGCUUUAGGGGAUCUUGUCAGGUAUGUUAGGCUUAGGCUGCUGAAUUUACUGAAGAUAAGGUACCAAGACCUUGAACUUGAAUUGCUAGGCUAGUGUAGAGGACACAAUUGUGCUUGCAGUAGCUUCCCUGCAGAGGAGGGGAGAGUGCUGGUGUGUUCUUUGCUUAUUGAAAUUUCAUAUGAGAUGGCUUCAGGGCCAGAUGUGUGACACUGCUGCAGUUCAACCAGGAAGUCACAAAGGCAUAUGACCGAGGCCAGGUCAUCAGUGAUGGGAUGGAGUUGUUUUUCCAAGCCUAGAUGAUAAUUACUGGAGGUCAGAUCUGUGCAGCAACAUGGACUCAUCGGAGGAGACUGGGGGUUCCUCCACAGAAGAGAACUACUUUGUGAACUACACCUUCACUGACCGAUCUCACUCAGGCCGUGUGGCCCAGGGCAUUAUGAAGCUGUGCCUGGAGGAUGAGCUCUUUGCUGACGUCACAAUAUCGGUGGAAGGCAAAGAAUUCCAGCUGCACCGGCUUGUCCUCUCAGCUCAGAGCUGCUUCUUUCGUUCCAUGUUCACUUCUAAUCUCAAGGAGGCCCACAACCGGGUGAUUGAGCUGCAAGACGUUAGUGAGAGUGUCUUCCAGCUUCUUGUGGACUAUAUUUACCAUGGAACGGUAAAGCUGAGGGCAGAGGAGCUACAGGAGAUGUAUGAAGUGGCAGACAUGUACCAGCUGACUGCCCUUUUUGAGGAGUGCUCCCGUUUCCUAGCCCGCACAGUGCAGGUGAGAAACUGUCUGCAGGUCAUGUGGCUGGCAGACCAACACAGUGACAUGGAGCUCUACACAGCUGCCAAGCACUGUGCCAAGUCACACUUGUCACAGCUUCAGGACACAGAAGAGUUUCUUCACUUACCUCUCCGCCUCCUGACAGACAUCCUCACAGAUGGUGUUCCAUGUUCUCAGAAUCCAACAGUUUCCAUAGACACCUGGAUCAACUUCAACAAAGAGGAGCGGGCAGGCUUCUCAGAGACGUUGCGAUCCAGUCUGAAGGUGAUUGGGGAAAAUGUUCACAUCUACCUGAUUGGAAAGGAGUCAUCUCGUACACAUUCGCUUGCUGUUUCUCUGCACUGUGCUGAUGAUGAUUCCAUAAGUGUCAGUGGCCAGAAUAGCCUAUGUCACCAGAUCACUGCAGCCUGCAAGCAUGGCAGUGACCUAUAUGUUGUGGGUGGCUCGAUUCCACGGCGCAUGUGGAAAUGUAACAAUGCCACCAUAGACUGGGAAUGGUGUGCCCCUUUGCCCCGUGACCGGCUCCAGCACACCCUGGUCUCUGUGCCAAGUAAGGACGCUAUCUAUUCGCUAGGGGGGAAAACGCUGCAGGACACGCUUUCCAAUGCUGUUAUAUACUACAGGGUGCGAGACAACGUGUGGACAGAGACCAGCCAGCUGGAAGUAGCUGUCUCUGGGGCUGCAGGGGUAAACCUCAAUGGUGUCAUUUACUUGCUGGGUGGAGAGGAGAAUGACCUAGACUUCUUUACCAAGCCCUCCCGACUCAUUCAGUGUUAUGACACCAACACAGAGAAAUGCCAUGUGAAGCCCUACGUGUUACCCUUUGCAGGCCGCAUGCACGCUGCUGUACACAAGGACCUGGUGUUCAUUGUUGCAGAAGGGGACUCACUGCUAUGCUAUAAUCCCCUACUGGAUAGCUUCACUCGGCUGUGUCUGCCCGACGCUUGGAGCUCAGUACCAUCCCUCUGGAAAAUUGCCAGUUGUAAUGGCAGCAUAUAUGUCUUUCGAGAUCGCUACAAAAAGGGAGAUGCCAAUACUUUCAAACUCAAUCCAGCCACCUCUGUGGUUACAGUCACCAGUGGCAUCAAAGUGCUGCUCACUAACUUGCAAUUUGUACUGGCUUGAGGAGGAUCAGCCCAGUGACAGGAAAAUGAGGACAUUCAAAAAGCAGCUGAAGUACCCAACCCCUUAGCAGCUGCCCCAGCAAGACCACAGUAUCCUAUAGAUCUUUUUAGCCCUGCUCUGUGUCUUGGCUGUGGGGUUGUUCCCUCACCUAGCACUCCAAGUUGACUUGCUGCAUUGUAAAUUCCAGACAGAUUAAAUGCUAUUACUGUGGCCCCUGGAUAUAAAGCUGCUUGGGUUUCCAAAGCUCAGACUGCAGCAAAUAAUAUUCCUUAGGUCUGGAGCUAGCCCCUACCAGCAGGUUCUAUAGCUAGCUGACAAAUCCCUUCUUGAUACAGCCUUUCCAUGUAAUAAUCUUGGGGAGAGAGGUAGUUAGCUGUGUUAGUCUGAAGUCACAGCAGGAUGGCACCUUUUAGACUUUUGUAGGCAAGGGCCUACUGUCAGAUGUGUCGUGUCAUAGCUGUUACUUACAGAAGCUUAUGCAUUUCUGAACAAGUUAGUCUAAUCUUGGAGGUUAUAUUUUGGAGUGGACCCUCUGUAACUUCUUAAAAAAGGUCUCUAUUUGAAUGGGAACUAGAUUAUGAAUGUUCCCCACCAAUGCUGCAGGCCUUUAGGCCAUAAGCACUAUGGAGCUUACAGCAGACAGAAUUCAGAGAGGGGCCCAAAGUGUCUUACUCUACCAUGUUGUACAGGAGUUGUAAUAGAUGUGGGGAACCUGUUUGCUGCUAUUUUGUCAACUACAGACAGAGGGAAACUAUUCUUAUGCCAUUGUUGGUCCUCCUGCCCUUGUACUGAGGGGUCCUACCCUGCUGUUGUUAUACAGAGUAGUAUGCUGGUGUAAGAUGAAACAAUCCUUUUCCUACCAGCCUGUCUCCUGGCAUUGUAGUCUCUUCCACGAGAGUCUGAAUAAAGGUCUAUAGUGGGAUGCAUGUGGACUCUGCUGUCAGUGGUAACGUGCACUGUUUAUGACACAGCUCUG